UUGACCAUUAUAUACUAAUUAAAUUAAAAUUCAAAAAAAAAAUCUUGGUAGACUUUCCCACACUGAAAUCUUCAUAUAAGCCAGCUAAGAUUGAGCUAUACUCAACACAUUUUCUCUCUAUCUCUCUGUCUCUCUUCAAAAUUCAAACACUCUUCUGACUUUGUAUUCAGUUUUCUUUACUAAUGGCAGAAAUUUUGAAUGAAGACCAAAUUGUUGAGAUCAAAGAAGCCUUUUGCUUGUUUGACAAAGAUGGAGAUGGUUGCAUUACUGUGGAAGAACUUGCUACUGUAAUUCGUUCCUUGGAUCAGAAUCCAACCGAGGAAGAGCUUCAAGAUAUGAUAAAUGAAGUUGAUGCUGAUGGCAAUGGAACCAUUGAAUUUGUUGAGUUCUUGAACUUAAUGGCCAAGAAAAUGAAAGAAACUGAUGCAGAGGAAGAUCUGAAAGAGGCUUUCAAGGUUUUUGAUAAAGAUCAAAAUGGAUAUAUUUCUGCUACUGAGUUGAGGCAUGUUAUGAUCACUUUGGGUGAGAAAUUAACUGAUGAAGAGGUGGAUCAGAUGAUUAAAGAAGCAGAUUUGGAUGGUGAUGGUCAAGUUAACUAUGAUGAAUUUGUGAAGAUGAUGAUGACCAUUGGAUGAACAAAUUAAACUCUCAAAUAUUUAACAUAAAAAUCAUUUCAUUUGUUAUUAUUCAAAUUUGUUUGGUUCCUUAUAAUCUCAUCUUCUUUUGAAGAAAUAAUAAAUGUUUCUAUUAUAUGUUCA